AUGCUAAAAAGACUUCAAACAACACUUUACAUAUAGUCAUUGUCAAUUUACAUAGGAAUACUAUUUAUUAUUAUAUUCUUGAAAAAUUUGCAUCAAAAUAACAGAAGACUUAGUUAUAAAAUUUUGAUCCUAAUCUAGUCACUUCUAUAAACAAUAUUAUUUUAGUUUAUUUUUAUUAUUUGUGCUUUAUACAUAAAGUACUUGGAUAAAACCCAGCAAUUUAAAGAUUGUUUAGAAAUAGUUUAUAUUAGAGCUCUAUUUUUAUUUUCAGCUAUAAGUUCUAUGCCACCAAUUAUGCAAGUUCUGCUAGAGCAACCAUUAAAUAAUUUUAAGUCAUCUAUAAGAAUGAUCAAGCAACCCUUUAUAAAGGAUAUAAAAUUUAAGUCAGUUUUAUAGAUGAAAUAAAUAUAAACGGAUGAGGAGUUAGCAAAAUUAAACAAUUCAGAAUCUGAUUCAAUGUUAAUUUUUGAAGAUAUAGAAGAUAACGGUGACAUUAAGAUCUCAGACUUAUGUAAGCAUUAUGUCAUUAUUUGUAUUCAAUCUAUAUGGAAUGUGAUGUAGUUACUUGGAAGAUCCUUAAGCUUAAUAUAUAACACAAUACAAUUAAUUAUGGCAUUUGUUUUAAUAUUUGGAUUCAUUUGUAUUUUUAUCUAGUAUAUUGAUCCAAAUAGUGAUUUAUUGAGUUAACUGAAUGCCAUCGAUUUUUUUUCGAAUUAAUUGGAUCAAAAUAGUUAAGAAAGUAAAAUGAAAUAGAUCCAAUUUUAAAUGGUUGAAGUAAUCACCAUUGCUAUAUUUAAGUUUGUAUUUAUCAUAAUUAUGUAUUUUGGUACAAAUAAUCGAAUUUAAUACUCAAAAAGUAUCUAUAUAUAAUUAUUUUAUAGACAGGUAAUUAAUUGACAAUGUUACAAACUUGACAGUAAUAAUCAGAAAAAAUUUGCUGAAUUUUACACUAAUUGGCCUUUUAACAACUUUAUAUCCUAAUUUAACAUUUACUAUCAAUAAUUCAAAUUGCUUUAAGGAAAUUUAGUAUAGGGAUGGCUAUUUAAUAAAAAUGGGACAGGUGAUAUCUAUGAAUGAGUAAUAGAAUUGCCCUAUUACUUUAACUUAUUUAAUUUCAUUAUAGAUAUUUGAAAGUCAAAUAACAACAACAAUAGGAUUAUUAAUUUUAUUAUUUUACCUGUUUACAGCAUUCUACAUAUUGUGUUUAAAAAGAAAAAACAAAAAUUUAAACGAGAUUUGA